AUGUCAGCCGUAGCACCAGCGGGAACCGGUGCGACAGCGCCUACCGCGAACGGACCGAUCGUGCCUGCUCCGGUUUUUGCGUUACCGACGUUGUCGUUCACGGUGAACCAAGUGGCCACCGUGUGCGAGACCCUGGAGGAGAGCGGCGAUAUCGAGAGACUGGCCAGGUUCCUCUGGAGCCUGCCGGUCGCACAUCCGAACAUCCAGGAGCUGAAUCAGAGCGAGGCUGUCCUCAGGGCAAGGGCAAUCGUUGCGUUUCACUCGGGGCAUUAUCGCGAGCUGUACGCCAUUUUGGAGAGGCACAAGUUCACCAAGGACUCCCACGGUAAGCUACAGGCGAUGUGGCUGGAGGCGCACUAUCAGGAGGCCGAAAAACUUCGCGGCAGGCCCCUCGGCCCAGUGGACAAGUACAGGGUUCGCAAGAAAUUCCCAUUGCCCAGGACGAUCUGGGACGGCGAGCAGAAGACCCAUUGCUUCAAAGAGAGGACCAGAUCGUUGUUGAGAGAGUGGUACCUGCAGGAUCCUUAUCCGAACCCCGGGAAGAAGAGGGAACUCGCGGCCGCCACGGGACUCACGCCUACGCAGGUUGGGAAUUGGUUCAAGAACAGGAGGCAACGGGACCGCGCUGCUGCUGCGAAAAACAGAAUGCAGCAGCAAUCUGGCACAGGAAACGGAAAUACACGUCGCGCGCUGAGCCCCGGACCGGGCGGCAGCGACUCUGAGGACUCCGACAUUUCUCUCGGCGGUACGUCGCCUCCGUCGCCAAGUUCCUCGCCUCCACCGACUCAUCAACCAUCUCCUGUUCCUCUCGGGCCCCUCGGACCGUUACCACCGCCAUCCUUGAAUUUCCGUUUCGAUCCGUCGCAAUCGCAGUUUCGAUUCAACCACGCGACGGCCUUCAAGUUCCCGCCGUCGGGCUUCCGGUUUGGACCGCACAGCCCGCAACACAAUCAUCCGAACAUCGCAGGUGGCGGGAUCUUCAGGCUGACAGAAACGAGCCCGUUCCAGGCUGUAGGACCCAGGGGUGAUCUUGGAUCGAGACUGCCGGAUCCCUUAGGAUUGCCUCCGCCCAGGCUCCAUCCCCACGAAGGUCUGCUCCAUCAUCCUCACGUACCGCACCAGCUACCGGAAGGGAUGUCCAGGCUAUCGGAUGGCUCGCGACUGUCCGACGGCGGGAUCUCCCGUCUCUCGGACAGCCUAUCGGAAGCGCACAGCCCGCCGUUAAUGGCGACGAAUCUGUCGGUGACGGGUCCGUUGAGGGUCGCGGUCCCGAGCCCUCACACACCUUCCUCGCGGGGUAGUCCACCUUCCAGCCAGCAGACGCCGCAGGGUCAGUCCCAAGGUCAGGGGUUGAUAAGGGUCGCGACGCCGCCGCCGAAUCCGAAACCGCCGCAGAUCCACAGACCGUUCUCGCCGGCGUGA